CCCAACCCAUCAAAGCAAGCGUGUUCCAGAGCCACAAGCUGCAAGUUCCUCCGUGGCCAUCUCCAGUCCUUGGAAGUUAGAAGCUUGCCCAUGGCUUCCUUCCUUUCACUUGUCACAUGACUGAACGCUCUUUCUUCCCUCUUUUUAUUCGUUCUCGUUGGACAAGAGGCUGGUUUCUUGAUUUUCUCCAAGAAAAUGGCAAAAUUUUCUCUGCAACCAAACAACUUUUGCUCUCUUUCUCACACUCCAAACACAUAUAAUUCUUUUUUCAAAGUGAAGAAUCAACACUUGAAUUUAUUUCCCUCCAAGCGCAGCUUGAAAUUCAGAGUUUUGUGUAGCGUUAAAGAGAAAGAAAAUGCCCAAAAAGGCGAGAGGGUCUCCGAGGUAAUCAGUGGAGUCCAAGUGGAUAAAUCGGAGCAGAGGAGUCCAAAUACAGAUUCUGACUCUAGAGAAGUGGACUUUAAUUUGAAUUGGCCGCCAUGGAAGAAUAUUCCUCAGAGAUAUAAACUUAUUGGAACUACUUCUCUUGCUUUUGUUAUAUGUAAUAUGGACAAGGUAAACUUGAGUAUUGCAAUUAUUCCAAUGUCUCACCAGUUUGGGUGGAACGCAUCAGUUGCUGGGCUUGUGCAAUCAUCCUUCUUCUGGGGAUAUGCAUUGAGUCAAUUGCCAGGAGGUUGGCUAGCCAAAAUAUUUGGUGGCAGGAAAGUUCUUGAAAUUGGUGUGUUGACUUGGUCAUUGGCGACAGCACUUCUUCCUUCACUUGCUGGAUUUAUGCCUGGACUUGUCUUGUCAAGGGUUUUGGUUGGAAUAGGUGAAGGUGUUUCCCCAUCAGCUGCAACUGACCUUAUUGCCAGAUCAAUUCCUUUGGAAGAGCGGUCACGAGCAGUAGCAUUUGUCUUUGGUGGACUAAGUGUAGGAAGUGUUAUGGGGCUUCUUUUGGCUCCUCCCCUCAUUCAAAAUUUUGGUUGGGAAUCUGUAUUUUACAUUUUUGGAUUUCUUGGAUUAGCUUGGUUUUUGGCAUUUCAGUAUCUUAAAGAGGAACAAGCUUCAUAUGCUUCUGUACCCUCAUCAAGGGCCCAGUCUAUCAAUUUGAAUAAAUCAUGGGAUACUUCUCUUGCAGAAUUAGGUGGCUCACUGAAGGAAGUACCAUGGAAUGCAUUUUUCCAGAGUAAAGCUGUGUGGGCGAUGAUAUAUGCUCAUUUUUGUGGAAGCUGGGGUCAUUAUACUUGUUUAUCUUGGCUUCCUUCUUAUUUUAGUGAGGAGCUGAACCUAAAUUUGACAGAAGCUGCAUGGGUUUCCAUUCUUCCUCCUUUGGCUUCAAUUUUUGUGACUAGCAUUGCUGCACAGCUUGCUGACAACUUAAUUGCGAAUGGAGUUGAAACCACUACGGUGCGAAAGAUUUUCCAAACAGUUGCCUUUUUGUCUCCUGCUGUUUGCAUGACUCUAUCCUCUGUAGAUCUAGGCCUGCCGCCUUGGGAGAUUGUGGGGAUUCUAACUGGUGGCUUGGCCCUCUCGAGCUUUGCGCUGUCUGGACUAUACUGCACACAUCAAGAUAUGUCUCCCGAAUAUGCAAGUAUACUGUUGGGUAUUACAAACACUGUCGGAGCAAUACCUGGGAUUGUUGGUGUUGCCUUGACCGGCUAUCUUCUUGACACAACCCACUCAUGGAGUAUGUCAUUGUUUGCGCCAUCGAUCUUUUUCUACUUGACUGGUACUAUUGUAUGGUUGGGAUUUGCAAGCAGUAAGCCUCAGAACUUUUCCAACAGUGAUUGAUUUGGAUCCUGAGUAUGAGGUUGGUUUUCUGAGCAAUCAAAUAAGAGAAAGCAGCAUUCAAGAUGUUACUAACCGAUUUCUUCCAUGGUGUUUGGUAGAAAAUUGACUUCAUCCUUCACUAACAACUAACAAGGCCGGUUUUGUUUUUCUACUGCAACCCCACAAGCCUCCACCAAAAAGAAAAAAAAAAAAAAUCCCCUGCACAUAAUUCCACUUGUAUAUUGAUAAACAGCAUAUUGCAUUGUUUGAAGAAAGUGGUCAUAUUUGGCCACAAAAAUAUAUGUAUGAAGAAUGAUAGCAACCUUGGACCUUGUGUUGUAUUAUAAUUUUACAGGAAAGAACUUGCAGUAUGUGUCAAGAAAGAAAGAAAGAAAAUUAUAUUUGCUCCCA